AUGAGGCGGUUCCCUACUCCAGUGUAUACCAUCUGGAUUCUAAUACUUGUGGCAGCCAUUGUUUUAGAAAUGACGUUCCUUCCUAAGUUGAUCAAGGAGAAACUAAGCAGACGGAUACGCCCUAAACCGCUAGAGGUACACGAGGAGACCAGGCCAGUGCCCGACGCGCCGUACCCUGAUGGGGAAUACACUGUUGGUGUAUACUACUCGAGCUGGUCGCCCUAUAAGCCACGGCUCCACUAUCCCCGCAAUAUUGACUUCCAGCGGGUGACUCACGUCUACUAUGCGUUUUUUGUUGUUGACGAGAAAACUGGAAAAAUUGGGUCCUUGGACAAAUGGUCGGAUACAAAGAUGCCGAUGAACCUAACUGGGAUGCCGCGCGGCCUUAAUGGGGCAAUAGGCGAGCUUAAUUACCUCAAGACGCGGCCAGGGACCGAUUUCAAGCUCAUGAUGGCCGUUGGCGGCUGGUCCAAUCGGGAGCCGUUCCAUAAAAUUGUGCGUGACGAGGAGAAGUUUAACAACUUCAUCGACUCGGCGAUCGACGCAAUGUUUGAGUACGGCUUCGAUGGGAUAGAUCUUGACUGGGAGUUCCCUAAGGAUGAUGGCUACGAACCCCAGAUGUAUCUAGAAAUGUGUAGCCGCUUGCGACACAAGAUGGACGAAUUGGAAGACAAUAUCUGGGGCCCCGGCGGGACUACAGAACCGCGCUUCCACUUAAGCAUGGCAGCACCGGCCUUUCCUCAGACACUUGGCAUUUUCCCGGUUGAGGAGAUGAACAAGUAUCUCAGCAUGUGGAAUAUGAUGACAUACGACUACCACGGUGCAUGGUCAGAGCGAACAGGCUACCAUAGCAACUUGUACAAUGCUACGAAUUCGCCGUACAAAUCGCACCUAGAUAAGCGUCGGUAUGAAGAUAUGGGUAUUGACAACUUUGAUGAGUUGAAUGCACAUGAUGCGAUACUCAUGAUGACCGAACAAUUUAAGGUCAGCCCAAGAAAAAUUGCACUCGGCAUGGCAGCGUAUGGCCGUGGCUUCACCAACGUUCGGGGCGAUGGUGAACAACUAAUUGGCCAGAAAUAUUCUGGUGUAGGCGGAGGAUCAGAAGGGGAACCGGGUAUGUGGCUAUACAACCAAUUGCCGCUAGCUCACGGCCCAGAGAAGUUUGACAAUGUUUGGGUCUCUGCAUAUAGCUACGAUCCUAAUACUAAAACUCUUGUCGUCUACGACAAUGUGGAUUCAAUGAAAAUAAAGAAGGAAUACGUGAAAGAUAAGAAGCUUGCUGGGGCGUUCUUGUGGGAGUCCUGUGGAGACAACUUCAAGGAUAAAGAUAGGAACCUUGUGGAGGCUUUUACCGAAAAUAUGAAAGGUGCGCGGAAGGCAACCGCGUACAAGGAUUCCAAACUUAUACAAUACUACUUGAGGACCAGGCCAGAAGGCUUUUUGGUUCCUAUGUAUAGGCACACGAGUGGUUGA